AUGACGCUCUACUCGGACCCUCCUAGCUUGCUGCCCUUUCGGCAUGACAAGCCUACGCUUCUCGUUUGCUGGUGGAUGACGUCCUUUUGCGCUUGCAUGAUCUUUCUGCGCGUUGCCGGCCGCUUCAUCCGUACCGAGCGUCUCUUCCUCGAAGACAAGAUUGCCGCCCUCGCCAUCAUCCCGCUCGCCUUACGCAUGGCCUGCGUCCAUUACAUCCUGCUACACGGCACCAACAAUGCAGACUACACAGGCGUCGUAUUAUCUACCGACCAGCUGCGCCAAAAAUCCAUAGCCAGCGGCCUGGUUCUUCUCAGUCGAUUCUUUUACGCUGCUACGCUCUGGGUUCUGAAAUGUGCCAUUCUCGAGUUUCUCCGUCGAAUCACAGGCAUUACCUGGCAGCGAUCCUACCAAACCACCAUGGUAGCCCUGCGAUGGACCCUGCUCGCCACCUUUAUCGCCGUCGUAAUCAGCGACUUGGCCGAAUGCCGGCCCUUCCACCAUUACUGGCAAGUCUUGCCCGAUCCAGGUGGUCAAUGCCGCCAGGGCUACGUCCAGCUUCUCACCAUGGCCACCUGCAACGUCUUGACCGAUCUCAUGCUCGUCAUCUUUCCCAUCCCCAUUCUCCUGCGCAGCCACAUGCAACUCAAGCGCAAAAUCCAACUUGUCCUACUCUUCUCCCUGAGUCUGUCCAUUGUUUGCGUUACACUAUAUCGAGUCCCGCACAUUAUCUGGAACGAUGGCCGUCAGCAGUACCGAUCGCUCCUCGCCUCGGUCGAAAUCUUGUUUGCCACGGCCUCAGCCAAUGCCCUGGUCCUGGGCUCUUUUGUUCGCGACCGCGGUUUGAAGAAGCAAAAGUUUCGCCGUAACUCGGCCGCCGACUCGUUUGACCGCGGCAGCGCCCCACGGCGGCCUGCCCUACACCGGCACUGGGGCAGCGACGAAGAUCUUGUCAGAGACGUUGGCCUGGCUGUCGGACCGGAGCUGCGCGAGAGUCCCACCCGGGCCAUUGCCGCCAAACCUGCAGACAUAAAAGGCGAGUGGCCACGCCAAAAUGGCAAGCUGAGCGGCGAAACUGGCAGUGACGAUGCCAUCCUCCCCGACGACCGGCUCCUAAAGAUAGACUCGCACCAAGGAGGCAGGAAGAUGACAUUUUUCGACGUUGGGGGCUUAUUGGAUGGUUCUGUUGCCACAAGCAGCGGCAGCUAUCGUCGCGGCAGCCAUACUUCAUCUACAAUAGGGCCCGGCUCUUCGCACGGAGUUCCCGCAACCACCGUGCCUGCCAGCUCGACCGGUUUGCGGCGCGGGUCGUCGGCGCUCCUGCAAGAUCUCGGCGUCCUGCUUGGCCCACUGAACAACAAGUCUGCACGCACCAGCCGCUCCAAAUCAAACAGCGGCACCGAGCUUCACCCCAUUCCGCAGUCAACCUACGAACUGCAGGAUCGAUCUGGAAAAUUAGCCUGA